AAGGAGUGAUAUAAAGGGAAAGAACCAGAGGAAGAAGGAGAAGGAAUAGGAAUUAAGCAUAGUAAGAGAAGAAGAAAGAAGAGAUGGGAGUGCAGAAGCAAUUGAUAAGGCCUGGCACCGGUGCAAAGCCUCUUCCCGGUCAGAAUGUCACUGUUCACUGCACUGGUUUUGGAAAGAACGGUGACCUUUCUCAGAAGUUUUGGAGCACCAAGGAUCCUGGCCAGAACCCUUUCACAUUCAAAAUCGGCCAAGGUUCUGUUAUCAAAGGAUGGGACGAAGGUGUGAUUGGCAUGCAAGUCGGUGAAGUUGCUCGUCUCAGGUGCUCUCCUGAUUAUGCUUAUGGUGCUGGUGGCUUUCCUGCUUGGGGAAUACAGCCCAACUCUGUCUUGGAAUUUGAAAUCGAAGUCUUGAACGUGCAAUAAAAACCUUGUUCGUCUGUCUCUGUCCAAAGAAUAACCAAUAAUUUCCAUGGACAUGUAUUAUGGUAUUAUCCCCGCAUUGCCAGUGAUAUCUACUGUGGUUGAGUUGCUUAACUGAAAUGCUAAAUAAGAAAAAUUUAGAAUCAUCGCGAACUCUAAUAUUGUGCCCUUUAUUUUUUUCCUGAUUUCUUUAGCAGAUAAAUAUUAUGUAGCAAUGCAUGAUCUUAGUUUCUGCUUCCAAGUGAAAGGCUUUAGAUGGUUUUUGUAUAUCCUAUAGAAUGAAUCUAGUCCUUGAUCAUUCAUUCUAGCCUUCUAGGUUUAUAAUUUGACCUCCAUAUUUCUUAAUAGAUUGGUACCAGACUUUGCUCUUGUUAAUUAUAGCGUUAUUGCUACCGCAUUUUGCGUUUGUUAAUAGAGCCGGUGCUACAAACCAGGCUUUGUUCCAGUUUCAAGGCAAUAGCGCACCAUAUUUGGGUGUGCUAUUUUGACCUUGUGCCAUUUGUGUCAAUCGCAACGCCGAAGUAUCUUAAUGCUGCUGCUGCCGUGAAAGGGUAGACUAGAACAUUUCGACUUGGAUGUGAUGCUUAUCUUAUUAGUUAUUAGCAUAUCGGUGCGGUUGUCAUUGUCUUGUGUCGCCUGUAAGCUCACCGACAGCCUUAAACCCUGCUCUUUCUUUUUCUGCUGAGGUUACGUUUUACUUGAGUUACUUCCCUUGUGUUUCAAACGGCAUCAAUUUCUCAGCCCAGUUGAUAGACCACAGAUUCUCUUAUUUCGAGUUACGGAUAUCGAACUCCCUUAUGAACAAUGGUCGUUUAAUGGUAUUAUUUUAUAAUCCUAACAAGUAGCUAUGGCUCUCUGUGUUUUAUUUAUGACUUGAAUCCCUAAAGUAACUUAUGGUGACAUUGUUUUCAUAAAUCGUGCCACUAGUGGUACCGGUGCUUGCAUUUUACCUCCUCCCUCUUCUGUGUCUUGGUCCAGUUUUGUUUUAUUAUUGUUGUUGAAAAAGUGAAAGUAGUUACGAAUUUAUAGGAGCAUUUAUAAUGGUCUAUAAAUGAAGCACGACCAGCAAAAAUUGAUUAUUUUUGUCGAUACUAUUUAAUCAACCUUCAUUAGUUAUAUAAUUAUUCAUUCGUUUAGCCAAAUCUUGACCCUACUAAUCGGUUUUAUAACCGCGGCCUAGACCCCUUAAUUGAUGCACACGAGGAAUUUUGCUCUGGUGCAAACAUUCUCACAGCAGCCAACCGUCCAGUUAGAUAUACCGUGGAAGGUUUUUUAGCGGCGAAACGGAGCAACAAACAACUAAUUCCAGCAAAUGCAAUUUGAUUGAGAUGGAGGAUAAAGGUCCAUUGAAGCAAAAUGGAGGGAAGGAAAUUGUUGACUGUGUGUAACGAAGAGGAACGAAGGGAAGAAAGCAAAUAGCCAAAGCCCUUGUAUAUACAAAAAGAAGCCCAAUUCCGAUAUUUAAGAUUCAUUAAAGGGGGAGUAAGAAAACAGAAAACACACCCAUCUGGUCAUUAACAAAACCAAUGUGAGUGUAACUUUGAGAUUAGUUUUCGAUCAAGAACGGUAAUUAGGUAAAGCUCUAUGCAAAGUGAUAACUUGAUGUUGACAAAAAGAAAAAGAAAAAGAAAAAGGAUAACUCUAAAUUUGAGUCCUUGACAUCAUAUAUAACAUUUACCCGAAUGUAGUAUACUUUCAAUUCAACAACUAUUUAAUAAAACUUUGCAUAUAUUAUAUACAGAAAGAAGACUAAUCUUAGAAAC